UCGCCUCCGCCACCAAAACCCUAACCCUAGCCCCCCGGUGCUACGUCCACACGCGCACCGCGGAAUGGAAGGGGGAGGCGCGCACCGCACGCCGGAGGACGUGUUCCGGGACUUCCGCGCGCGGCGGGCCGGCAUGAUCAAGGCGCUCACCACCGAUGUGGAGAAGUUCUACCAGCAGUGCGACCCAGAGAAAGAGAAUCUUUGUCUGUAUGGUCUUCCCAAUGAAACGUGGGAAGUUAACUUGCCAGCGGAGGAGGUUCCCCCGGAACUUCCAGAGCCAGCACUGGGAAUCAAUUUUGCACGGGACGGGAUGGAUGAGAAAGAUUGGUUGUCACUUGUUGCGGUGCAUAGUGAUGCCUGGCUGCUAGCAGUAGCCUUCUACUUUGGAGCAAGAUUCGGGUUUGAUAAAGAAUCCAGGAAGCGGCUUUUUAGUAUGAUAAACAACCUCCCCACUAUAUAUGAGGUUGUCACAGGAACUGCAAAGAAGCAGGUCAAAGAAAAAACCCCGAAAAGCAGCAGCAAGAUAAACAAAUCUGGCACAAAGCCAUCACGCCUGCCAGAACUAAACUCGAGGGGUCCGAAGAUGCCACCUCCGAAGGAUGAGGAUGACAGUGGAGGUGAGGAAGAAGAGGGAGAAGAACAUGAAAAUGCACUAUGUGGUGCGUGUAAUGACAACUAUGGACAGGAUGAAUUCUGGAUCUGUUGUGAUGCUUGUGAGACAUGGUACCAUGGUAAGUGUGUGAAGAUUACACCUGCCAAAGCUGAGCACAUCAAGCAGUACAAAUGCCCGAAUUGCAGCAGCAGUAGCAAGAGAGCCAGAGCAUAGAUGCCUGAAGAACCAAGAAUUUGACCUACUGUAAAGACCCACAUGGGAUGGGAUGCCCAAUGGGUGUGCAUUCGGUUGCUUUGAGAUUAGGACCAGCUUUAGAGGUCUUUAUGUGUUAUGUGGUGUAUGUCUGACAUUCUAGAUUUUCCAUUAGUAUUAGCAACUAAUUGUAACAGCUUGUAUUUGUUCGAGCCUUCUCGGUGCACAUGUUUGAGACUUAUUGUUUUUAGCUUGUGUAUCAUGUACUUGUAGUUCCUUGGAAAAAAAAGCCUGUUGUUGUGUUAU